CGCACCCGUAAGCUUCCCCGACGUCCGUGUUCCUAUUCAAGCCCGAGCUGCGGCAACCUGUCCUUCUCUUACUGACUCUUCUCUUCGCAGAGAGUACUUAUUGCACUCCGCCCACACAACUCUACCUACUCCUAAUCUACCACCUAAUCAGUCAACAUGGAAGAGGAAGUCGCAGCCCUCGUCAUCGACAAUGGUUCGGGUAUGUGCAAGGCCGGUUUCGCCGGUGAUGAUGCGCCCCGAGCAGUCUUCCCCUCCAUUGUCGGUCGCCCCCGUCACCAUGGUAUCAUGAUCGGUAUGGGACAGAAGGACUCCUACGUCGGUGAUGAGGCACAGUCGAAGCGUGGUAUCCUGACUCUGCGAUACCCCAUCGAGCACGGUGUUGUCACCAACUGGGACGACAUGGAGAAGAUCUGGCACCACACCUUCUACAACGAGCUGCGUGUCGCCCCCGAGGAGCACCCCGUCCUGCUCACCGAGGCUCCCAUCAACCCCAAGUCCAACCGUGAGAAGAUGACACAGAUCGUUUUCGAGACAUUCAACGCCCCUGCGUUCUACGUCUCUAUCCAGGCUGUCCUGUCUCUGUACGCUUCCGGUCGUACCACCGGUAUCGUGCUCGACUCCGGUGACGGUGUUACCCACGUUGUCCCCAUCUACGAGGGUUUCGCUCUUCCUCACGCCAUCUCCCGUGUCGACAUGGCUGGUCGCGAUUUGACCGACUACCUCAUGAAGAUUCUUGCUGAGCGUGGUUACACUUUCUCCACCACCGCCGAGCGCGAAAUCGUUCGUGACAUCAAGGAGAAGCUCUGCUACGUUGCCCUCGAUUUCGAGCAGGAGAUCCAGACUGCCAGCCAGAGCUCCAGCCUCGAGAAGUCUUACGAGCUUCCCGACGGUCAGGUCAUCACCAUUGGCAACGAGCGCUUCCGUGCUCCUGAGGCUCUCUUCCAGCCUUCCGUCCUUGGUCUUGAGAGCGGUGGUAUCCACGUUACCACUUUCAACUCCAUCAUGAAGUGCGAUGUCGACGUCAGGAAGGAUCUGUACGGCAACAUCGUCAUGUCUGGUGGUACCACCAUGUACCCCGGUAUCUCCGACCGUAUGCAGAAGGAGAUCACUGCUCUUGCUCCUUCCUCCAUGAAGGUCAAGAUCAUUGCUCCCCCCGAGCGCAAGUACUCCGUCUGGAUCGGUGGUUCCAUUCUUGCCUCCCUCUCCACCUUCCAGCAGAUGUGGAUCUCAAAGCAGGAGUACGACGAGAGCGGUCCUUCCAUCGUCCACCGCAAGUGCUUCUAAGCGUCUUCCUGCGUACGAUUCUCGAGAUUAUGGCAAGCCUGAUAGCGGAGGCAACGUUGUAUUGGCGCUCUGUCACCCCGGGGUUUCAUGCAUAACAGUUGUUCACAAAAGGGCUAAGCUGGCGAGCGAUUGGGUGUUUAAGUUAUGGAGCAGCUUGAGCUCAUACGCGGAGAUGUAAUAGGAUUUAAGGCUGUAGCUUAGAACCUGGACACUCUCCCA